AUGACCACCAAGCCCGAGCGUCUGGGUCGUCUGCACAAUGCGUCGGUCUCGACUGUUGCACUGAACCCGGACUCGCUUCCGGCCGAGACGAACCUGCCACCGGUCCCUCCCUUGCCGAAUAAAAAGUCGGUCAGCGACCUGUCAAGGAAGGCUACUCUGACGGACAACACUCUGCAUGGAGGAGAGGGCGAGUCGGCUAUUCCGGAGGACAAGAAGGAGGAGGCAUAUGAGAAUGUCGAGGACGACUGGCAGCAUGACAAGCGCAACCCGCGCAACUGGAGCGGGAAGAAGAAAUGGCUAUGCGUUGGGAUCGCAUCGUUCUAUACCUUUGUAACACCCCUGAGCAGUUCUAUCAUGGCCCCGGCGUUACCCUAUAUCGCACUCGACCUCGGUAUCACAAGCGAGACUGUUGUUGCCCUCACACUGUCCAUAUUCUUACUGUCUUUCGCCUUGGCACCCUUGUUCUACGCUCCUCUGUCGGAGAUCUACGGGCGCAAGUGGGUCCUAGACAUUAGCAACAUCUUCUUCAUUGCAUUCAACUUCGGCUGCGCAUUCGCUCCCUCGACGGGCGCGUUGGUCGGUCUCCGUUUCCUCUGUGGUUGGGUCGGCGCGGCGCCCCUCGCAGUAGGCGGUGGGAUCAUUGGUGAUCUGUUCUCGGAGAAGGAUCGUGCUCCUGGCAUGGCGUUGUAUUCACUUGGACCGCUCAUCGGGCCUGCCAUUGGACCAGUCAUGGGCGGCUAUCUUGCGGAAACCGUAGGAUGGAAGUACUGCUUCAUCCUCGUCGGUGCCCUUUCAGCUGCCGCCGGCGUGCUUGGUGUUCCUCUUCUUCGUGAAAGCUAUGCGCCCGUGAUCCGCCUUCGACUGGCUAAGGGCAUGUCUCCUGAGGAGGCUAUCAAACAUCAUCCUCAUCUUCAAGCCGCCCACGAUCCCAGCAAGAAAUGGGCAAUCAUGCGAGAAAACCUUGAGCGACCGUUCAUUCUCCUCACGCGCAGCAUCAUCUGCUUCGCGCUCAGCCUAUACAUGGCCCUCGUGUAUGGCAUAUACUACCUGAUGUUCGCAACAUUCCCAGAAUUGUUCGCCACAGUAUAUGGGUUCUCGUCUGGCUCCACCGGAUUGACCUACCUCGGUCUUGGUCUCGGUUUCAUCUUGGCUACCGCGCUCGGAGGGCACUACGGCAACGUUGUCUAUCUCGCUCUCGUGAAGAAGAACAAUGGUGUCUCCAAACCCGAGUAUCGUCUGCCUGCACUGAUCUUCGGGUCCUUGUUCGCGCCAAUCGGCCUCUUCUGGUAUGGUUGGUCUGCGCAAGCCGGAAUACACUGGAUCAUGCCAAUUAUCGGCUGUGGUAUCUUUGGCUUCGGUCUCAUGGCCGUUUUCCUCCCUAUUCAACUGUACCUCGUCGACACCUAUACUUAUGCAGCAUCGGCGCUCUCGGCGGCCUCAGUCGUGAGGUCUUUGCUCGGCUUCGCUUUUCCUCUCUUCGCCUCCCAGAUGUUCGAUGUCAUGGGUCUAGGCGGUGGAAACUCUUUCCUCGCUGGACUCUCCAUCCUCUUCGGCAUUCCGUUCCCUAUCUGGCUGUGGUUCCGGGGUGAACAGAUGCGGGCGCGGAGCAGCCUGACGCGCUGA